AUGACUGAAGAGCAGGGCAAAUAACGAUUUGCGUAUACGGCACCAAAACAAAUUUUGGAAGAAGCUGCAUAAAUUGGCGAGGACAAUUAAACAAGAAAGUAAAAUUUAGACAAAGUUGAAGAAAAGUUCAAGUACAAGCAAAAGAACCGCUAGUUGAGUCCAGAAAGAAAAGAUGUGUUCAAUGAUUAAGGAGGUGAGAAUGGGAGAACAUACGCAGAAAUCAUGAUCUAAUAGGACUUGGAGAAUUCCAGAUCUGAAAUUGAAAAUAAAAUUAAAAAGACAGAGACAUUAAAUAAGGAGGAAAAAAAAUUGGUCAAACAACAAGUGAAGGUGGAAUAAAAUGUUGCUUAAUAAAUUAAAUAGGAAAGAUCAGAAUGGGAAUAAGAAAGCAAAGAUGUUUCUAAAAAGCCUUAAAAAUGGGAAACCCCAUCAAGAGAUGGUCCAUAAUCAUCUGCAAGAGCAUCCAGAUGGGAUAAUACAAAUAAAUUAUAAGCUACUCCAGGUCGAGCAGGAACAGUAUUUGGAGAAACGCCUACUCCUGGACAUAUGGAAAUUGGAGAUACCCCAUAUAAAUACGGAGAAACUCCCACUCCUAACCAUGGGGAGAAAGAACACCUUUGGCUGGUCAAUCAUGGAUUUGGAGGAGGAAUGACACCUCAUACACCAGGAACUGUAAUGAGGACGCCAAUGACUCCUGGAUAAUUAGGAAACAUGACUCCUGAUAGAGUAUACUAGUUUAGAUUGGAAAAAGAAAUGGAAGAGAGAAAUAAAUAUAUGACUGAUGAGGAAUUAACCAGCAUUUUACCUGGUCCAAAGGAUGGUUAUGAGAUAUUAAGAGCACCUGAGAAUUAUAAACCAUUGAGAUCAUCAUUAAAGAAAUUACUUAAUGCAAAAGAUAGUAUUGAAUCACCAGUGCAAUAUUAAAUACCAGAAUCUAUUCGUAUUGAAGUUUCAGCUACUCCCUCUCAUCCUACUAUAGGUCAAUUACCAGCAAUUAAGCCAGAAGAGUAUAAUUUAUUCUCAGCUUUGUUACAACCAAUCAAUGAGGAUGAAUUAACUCCAGAAUAGGCAAAAGAGAGAAAGAUUAUGGCUUUGCUUUUGAAAAUAAAGAACGGAACUCCUUAAAUGAGAAAGUCAGCUUUAAGAUAAAUUACUUAAAGUGCCAGGGAAUUUGGACCUGCUCCAUUAUUCAAUUAGAUCUUACCAUUGUUAAUGUCUCCAACUUUAGAGGAUCAAGAGAGACAUCUAUUGGUGAAAGUAAUUGACAGAGUCCUAUUUAAAUUGGAUGAUUUGGUUAGGCCAUAUGUACAUAAGAUAUUAGUUGUUAUCUAACCAUUGUUAAUUCAUGAAGAUUACUAUGCUAGAGUUGAAGCUAGAGAGAUCAUUUCCAAUUUAGCUAAGGCAGCUGGUUUGGCUACUAUGAUUACUACCAUGAGACCUGAUAUUGAUCAUAAUGAUGAUUAUGUUCGUAACACAACUGCAAGAGCAUUUGCUAUUGUGGCUUCGGCUUUGGGUAUUCCAGCAUUGUUGCCAUUUUUAAAGGCUGUCUGUUAGAGUAGAAAGAGUUGGUAGGCAAGACAUACUGGUAUUAAAAUAGUUCAAUAAAUCAGUAUCUUUAUGGGAUGUGCUAUUCUGCCUCAUCUGAAAUCACUAGUUGAAAUUAUACAACAUGGAUUAAAAGAUGAAUAAUAAAAAGUAAAAACUAUUACAGCUUUAGCAUUAGCUGCUUUGGCGGAAGCCUCCUUUCCAUAUGGUAUUGAAGCAUUUGAUAAUGUGCUUAUUCCUUUGUGGGAGGGCAUCAAAACACAUAAGGGUAAAGGAUUAGCAGCAUUUUUAAAAGCGAUUGGAUUCAUCAUUCCAUUAAUGGAUGUGGAACAUGCAACAGAGUAUGUUAAAGCAAUCGUUCCUAUAUUGAAAAACUAAUUUGAAAUAUAGGAAGAGGAAAUGAAGAAGAUUGUAUUAAUGGUAAUAAAAUAAUGCAUAUAAUGUGCAGGUAUAGAGGCUGUUUAUGUAAGAGAUCAGAUAAUGCCUGAAUUCUUCAAAUAUUAUUGGAGCAAAAGAACAGCCACAGACAGAAGAAAUUACAGAUAAAUGGUUGAAACCACCUGUGAAAUAGCUGCUAAAGUGGGAGCAGCUGAAAUAUUAGAAAGAAUUGUAGGAGAUCUCAAAGAUGAAAAUGAAUCAUUUAGAAAGAUGGUUGUGGAAACUAUAGAAAAGUUUAUAAAUUAACUAGGAGUAUCAGAUAUCGAUUCGAAAUUGGAAAACAGAUUGAUGGAUGGAGUCUUAUGGGCAUUUAAUGAAUAACAAAGUGAAGAUACCUAAACAAUGUUGAGUGGAUUUGGAUCUAUAAUUAAUGCUUUUGGCAGUAGAUCUAAGCCUUAUUUCAGUUAAUUAGGUGGUGUUUUAUAAUGGAGAUUAUCUAAUAAAUCACCCAGAGUUAGAUAAUAAGCAGCUGAUUUGAUUGGUAAAAUUGCAGUUUGCAUGAAGAAUUGCUAAGAAGAAGCAAGAUUAGGAAGAUUAGGCUAGUUAUUAUUUGAAUGUCUAGGUGAAGAAUAUCCAGAAGUUCUAGGAUCUAUCUUAGGAGGAUUGAAGGCUAUAGUCAAUGUAAUAGGAAUGAAUAAGAUGUCCCCUCCUAUUAAAGAUUUAUUGCCAAGAUUGACACCCAUCUUAAAAAAUAGACAUGAGAAGGUUUAAGCAGAAUUGCAUUGA